GUUCACUGCGAAGUCAUUCAACAAAAUAUAUUUUGUUCUCAGUUCAUUUUAAUCCAACGGUUAUUAUUGUACUAUGAUAAUCGUGAACAUAAAUUACUUAACACCAGUUAUUGUGGGAUAAAAAUGUUGCAGAGUGUAUGUGUACGUGUGAAUGCAAAAUGGUUGUGUUUUUGUAAUGCUCAAUGUUAAAACAAGGUAAUAGAAGAUGUUCUCAUUAUUAUAAGACAAAAGAUCGUCCUUCACACAUUAGUAGAGCAUUGUUGUGCAAACAGGCCUGUUAUCUGCACACCGAACGGCUAUAGGUGAUUAUUGUAAACUAUAAUAAUAUUAUCUGCAUGUACGUACGUGCGUCGCUGCAGUCUAAGCAGUGUCGCUACUAACUCUUCAACUGGUGGCGGGUUCCUAUCGCUUGCUGUAAAAUUAGUAAGCUUACUAAUGGAUUAGUCAUGGCUAACGUAAAAGGUAGAGUAAAAGCACAAAAAAGUGCAAGUACUAGAAAAAAAAGUAAAAACGAGUCAUUGGCAGGUAAAAAUGACACAACGGUGAGGAAACGCUACAUUAACAAAGAAAAAUAUAACAAUAACUUAGGCAAAGAUAUAUCUGAUAAAGAACCAUCUUCAGAUGAUUAUACUGACACAGAGACAAUAAAGAGAAUAGAGGAGAAAAUAAAGUCUGGGAAAGACAAUAUUGUCAUGAGAAGACCGAGUGAUGUAAAGCUACUUACUACACAAGAAAGAGUUCAAUGCUUACUUCAACAUGGUCAUCUUUUUAAGGGAAAAUUUCCUGUGAGACCGCCAGGAAAAUAUGUCCCCAGUAAAAAGAGAUUGGCUGCUAUGGCUGCUAAAAUAAGACCCCCUGAAAAGGACAGAUUGAUAUCUAGAAGUGGUCGAAUAAAAAAGAAAAACAAACCUGAUUUGCAACUCUUAGACAACAUAUUGAAGAGCGAGUUAUUAAUUGAUGACAGUGCAGAAAGACAAACGAGGUCACAAACUGAAAAAAAUCCCACCAAACCCUCUAACAAUAACAAUGAAAAAAUUAGUAACCAAAAUUCCACAUCAACCUCUGAAAACAAAUCUGAUGACAAUUCAUCAACAACCAAACAAAUGACACCUGACAGUGGUGUAGUUUUGACAUUGGAGCUGUUUCAAUGUGACUACUGCAAGAAAUCAUUCAGCAGUAAAUCAUCAAUACGGAGACAUAUUUAUAUACAUCUAGAUUGGCACCCAUACUCUUGUCCCCAUUGUUCAAAACAGUUUCGUCAUCAUGUAAACAGGAGGAUUCACAUAAAGAAAAAACAUAAUAACUUAUCUAAAGAACCUGAUAAAUUUGUGUGCCAUAUUUGUGAUAAGGUUUUCACAUUGAAAGAAAACCUCAGCUUGCAUUUGGCAAGUCACAUUAGUAAUGAAAAUUCUUACAAAUGCAUUUAUUGUGACAAAAAAUUUUCAUAUCAAUUACAGUUAAAUCAACAUGAGAAGCAACAUUUGGUAACUGGUCGAUAUCAGUGCACGGUGUGCAACUUGAGUUAUGGGUGUCGUAACCGAUUAGCAAUGCAUGUCAAAAGCCACUUGAAAAUAAAAGAUUAUGUCUGCCAAUAUUGUGGUAAAGACUUUCUGAGGAUGAAUUCUAUGAGGAGACAUGUACAGAUUUGUCACAGUGGUCAUAGAAUCCAGUGUCCUAUUUGCAAAAAGAACUUAAAGGGACAUUUGACAGAGCAUAUGAGGACCCAUGAGAAACGGCGACCACAUGAGUGUCCUGAGUGUGGUCAAUGUUUCACACAAUCCACUCAACUAAAUGUUCAUCGCAGAUCUCAUUCAGGAGCACGGCCUUAUGAGUGUAGAAUCUGUGACAGAAAGUUUUCACAUUCAAAUGCCCUUAUGCUUCAUAUUCGUAGACAUACUGGAGAAAAACCAUUUCCAUGUGCUGUGUGUCCAUUAUCUUUCUCUCAACUGCCUCACAUGAAGGCACACAUGCGCAAAAUUCAUGGUAAAGAAAAUCCUUACAAGUGUCCCAAAUGUGAUCAGUUUUUCAAGUUGAAGGUACAGCUUGAGAAUCAUGCAAAGCUAUGUAAGGCUAAAAAUUUGUCACAAGAAGAAAGAAUCCCAGCUUCAUCUCGUACAGAGGAGAUUGAAGUUGAGUCUGUAAUGAGCCUGUCCCGAAUGAGGUUCCUGCUCGCUCUGCUCUUCUCUAUGAUCUUAUCCAAAGAAAGACUCAAGUUUUUAGAGAAUAUAUGUCAUUGUAUCGAGAGGCGAAACGUCGGCCGUGAAUGGGUAAUAUUGAGUUUCAACAAGCGUCUGAUUGACGAUCUUCUAGUGGAUUCCCUUGAAGCAAUGGGGCACGCUUCAUGUGUUGAUGAAAAUCAAUCUCCAUUAAGUCGUCUAAAAACUAAUAUUGAGCUGCUCUUAAAACACACUGUACCAAAAGAACAGAUAGAAAAAUUCCAGAGGGAAAAUAAAACCCUGGAAGAGCUCUUAGAAAUUCUUACUGAUGAUAAAAAGAAGAAAGAUUAAUUUAUUUAUUGAUGAAAUCAAUCAGGUAAUGUUAUUACAGCUUAUUCCUUAAUUAUGACACAUAUACAAAUGCAUAAGUCAUAAUAUUACCAACAUAUUAAUUUUAUUGUUAUAAAAAUAAUACAGUGCAAUAAUCCAAAGUAAAGUUGAGAAUAAUGAAAAAAUUGUAGUGUUGUAGUUUUGAUAUUCGUUUUUGUGCUUGUUUAAAAUAAAAAUAAAAACGUAGAACAAACCAAAGCAUAGGAUUAACCGUGAAAAAUUACAUUUCGUUCCUAGUUUUGAUGCCAAAGCUAUUUUAUUGGUUGUUGAUUUUUUGUAUAAAAAUAUCUAUACAAGCACAAAAACGAAUUUAGGCAGUUAAGAGUAGAAAAUAGUAGUUCAAAAUUUAUGAAUAGAAAAGAUGUACGUAAAGAAAAUAAUGGAUUAAGUGCAAAGCGAAUACAUUCCCAAUUAUCAUUAUUGUACUGCGAAUGAAAUGCUUUGUGAAUACUAUAUUCCAAUACCUCUAAAUUGAUUAUAACUACAUAAUAAAUAUAUCUAUAAAUGUUAUCCGUAACAUUUCAAUUUUAAAUCUGUAUAUUUCUUGUAAUAGAGAAAUUCGUAAUGGUAAAAUAAAAUAUUUAAAUAGCAACUGGAAAACGUACAAAGACAGUAGAAAAAAAAAUUCUAAUAUUUUCAUAAUUCUAUUAAACUUAUAACUUAGUAUUUAGUGAAAAAUCUAUCAUAUUUAUAGACUACAAUACAAUACUAUUCAAGUGGUAGUGAGAAUCGAUAAAUAC